CCGCAGCAUGUGGUUCCAAUUUGGGAGGUUGAUGCACCCACCAUGGAGAAAUUUCUGCAAGAGUUGGCCAAGGAUAAGCCGGUGAGAUUCACUGCUCAGCAGCUCUGUGACUUUACAAGCAAUUACUCGACCAGGUUGGGGUCUGGAGGAUUUGGGGAUGUUUACAGAGGGCAGUUUCCCAACGGAGUGAAAAUUGCAGUGAAAGUGCUGAAGAAAGGUUCCGAGGGAGCAGCAGGGGAGCAGUUCAUGGCAGAGGUAGGCACAAUUGGAAAAACAUACCACAUUAAUUUGGUUAGACUUUAUGGUUUUUGCUAUGAUCAAUAUAUGAGUGCGCUUGUAUAUGAAUUCAUGGAAAAUGGAUCGCUUGAUAAAUACUUGUUUGGGGAGAAGCAGAUGAUUGGGUGGGAAAAAUUACAUGAAAUAGCAGUAGGGACAGCCAAAGGGAUUGCUUACUUGCACGAAGAAUGUCAACAGAGAAUCAUUCACUAUGAUAUAAAGCCUGGAAAUGUGCUGCUUGAUGAAAACUUCUUCCCUAAAGUUGCUGACUUUGGGCUUGCAAAGCUCUGCAACAGAGAUAGCACUCACGUUUCAGUCAUUGGAUGCAGGGGAACCCCUGGUUAUUGGGCCCCAGAGUUCUCACUUAGGAAUCAUCCCAUAACAUACAAAUGUGAUGUGUAUAGUUUUGGAAUGGUUUUGUUUGAGAUAGUUGGGAGGAGGAAAAACACAGUUUCUAGUCCCUCCGAGAGCCUUGAUUGGUUUCCAAAGCAUGUGUGGGAAAAGUAUGAGAAGGGGGAAUUGACUGAAAUGAUAGUAGAUUGUGGGAUUGAAGAGAAGGAUAGGGAAAAAGCAGAGAGAAUGUCCAUGGUAGCAUUGUGGUGUGCUCAAGACUCACCAGAGGCUAGGCCACCAAUGAGUGUGGUGGUGAAGAUGAUGGAAGGAGGAGUGGAGAUCAAGCCACCUCCUAAACCUUUUCGUUAUCUAUUCUCAGUAGGGAUGAAUGCAGUCAAGCCAACUGCUGGUUCGAGUUUCUCCUCAAGUGAAGAAUCCGAUUCUUAUUGGUAUAAAGAGACUACACCCGUCAUGACCAAGUAUGAAAUCCAAAUAGCCAGUAGUUAAGAAUACUAGUAAAAUCUAGUUUUUAGAAAGUGUAUGUUUUAGUAUAUUUAUUUAUUAAUUUAUUUUUUGGAGCAGUAAAGAUGAUUUAUUAGUGUCCAGAGUAAAAGGGUUGAUUGGUUGUUUUGAUGUGGUGCAUUAUGAAGUUUCUCAUUUGUUGUCUAGCUCAAAAGAUUCCAAAUUUCAUUUAAUUUCUUGAUAAAAUGAUACAGAAGAUAAAGCUACAACCUCCAAGAUCUCAUGUUCUGAUGGCCUAGGUUGUUGCCUAUGUGUAAUUCAGUAUAAUUCGAUCAUACCAGGAAUCAAAGAUAAAUAUUUUC